CGCUGUUGUACCCGGACCUAACGGAUCAACAAAUGUAUCAAGCGUCAUAGGCAAAAACUAGUAUCUUCUGACCAUGGCUCACAGCUUCACUCAAGAAUAUUUCCAGAUUCCUUCCGUUACCAGAGCGUACACUACAGCUUGCGUUUUGACUACAGCAGCGGUGCAAUUGGAGGUAAUCACCCCAUUUCAGCUUUAUUUCAACCCAGACCUUAUCAUUAGAAGAUACCAGAUAUGGCGGCUGAUCACCAACUUCCUCUUUUUCGGCUCACUUGGAUUCAGUUUUUUGUUCAACAUCAUCUUUCUGUAUCGUUAUUGUCGUAUGCUGGAGGAAGGGUCUUUCCGAGGCCGCACUGCAGAUUUCGUAUAUAUGUUCCUGUUUGGGGGUGUCCUCAUGACUCUGUUUGGGCUCUUUGCCAACCUAUUCUUCCUGGGCCAGGCAUUCACCAUCAUGCUGGUGUAUGUGUGGAGUAGAAGGAAUCCUUACAUACGCAUGAACUUCUUCGGCCUUCUGAACUUCCAGGCACCGUUUCUGCCCUGGGUGCUCAUGGGAUUCUCAUUGCUGCUUGGCAAUUCCAUUGUCGUUGACCUUCUAGGAAUCGGAGUAGGACACAUCUACUACUUUCUGGAAGAUGUGUUUCCAAACCAGCCUGGAGGCAGGAAGCUGCUGAUGACACCAGAACUUCUUCGAACCGUGUUUGACACCCCAGAGGAAGACCCCAGCUACUUCCCACUCCCUGAGGAGCAGGCUGGAGAGUUUUGGCAGGACCAAGGUGGAGACGGAGGGGAGCCCAAUGACCAGGGGCAGUAGCAUGGGGACCAUCUAACCCCAUAUAAACCCAAGAUAUACUCCCAGCCCCACCGAAGAAACCAGGAGCCAUCCAGCUGUAGAGGGUUUACUCCUCAGAGGGAUGUGGAUGAAGAGCGCAGCAACGUACCAUCUGUACAGUUGUGUGUCCACUGGGAGCCACCGUAGUGAGUUUAUGUUGCAGACUUCUCUUUCACCGAGUGUUGUAACUAGAAAUGUCAAAUGCAAUCAGAGGCCAAUGAGCAUCGCAACCUUUCCAUCACCACAUGCAUUUCUGGCUGUGGUACUAAUGGCACACAACCAUUUGCCAUUUCAAACAGAAUCACACCUUUUAAAUACAGGU